AUGACCCUGGCGGCUUCCUCCCAGCGCUCCCAAAUCAUUCGCUCCAAGUUCCGAUCUGUCCUCCAGCUUCGGAUCCACAGACGGUGUGGGGACCCGAUCUCCGAUCCAGAUCCCUGGAUCUCAGCCUCAGGCCUGGCUCUGACCCCCACCCCAGCCUCACUCUUGGGCCCUGCCGCUUUCCUCUCCAGUCCUGGGGUCCUGCACCACGAGUCACAGCGCUGCCCUUGGAAGUCCUUGAAAAAGGAGUCUUCCAAGAUCUCCCAACAUUGGAGGGAGGCCAAGCCCAAGGGGAACUUGACAUACCACCAGUACAGGCCCCCAGAGCCAAGACAAAGGUCUAGGGCAGACCCCCAGGCCAAAGGGUCGGCCGAGGGACCCCCUGGGCCACCUCUGUGCGAAGAGAUGAAAUCACAGCAGCCACCUUCUAGGAUGAAGCCCACUCCCUUCCCUCCCUCCCUCCCAGGAGUCUCCAAUCCCUCUCCUCCUCCGCACAAGUUGGAACUUCAGACCCUUAAAUUGGAGGAGCUGACGGUCUCAGAGCUCCGGCAGCAGCUGCGCCUGCGGGGCCUCCCGGUGUCCGGAACCAAGUCGAUGCUCCUGGAGCGCAUGCGCGGAGGGGCCCCGUCCCGCGAGCGGCAGAAGCCUAGGCGCGAGGAAUGUCCCGCGGGGGCUCCCUGGCCACGCCUCAGGCCUAAGGCCCUCGUAGCCGCCCGACGGCAGGGCUCGUCCAAGCCAAGCCCAGAAUCUCCCCGGCCGCCUGUUCCUCGUGGUGCGGGAAGCCUCGUGACCGCUGCGGCUCCGUCUCCGUCUCCGACUCCGGUUCCAGCGCUGACCUCUUCCUCAGCACCAGCCUCGGCAGCCCUGACCCUGGAGGAUGAGCUGCAGGAAGCGAUCCGGAGGGCACAGUUGCUUCCGAACCACGGCAUCGAUGACAUCCUGGAGGAUCAGGCGGAGCCUGAUGACCUGCUGCCCCCUAUCCCCCUGGACUUCCCCGGCUCUUUUGAUGUGCUGUCCCCCUCCCCAGACUCCGAAGGCCUCUCAUCUCUCUUCUCUUCCUCGCUCCCGUCCCCCACAAACUCCCCAUCCCCACCUCCCAGGGGCCCCAUGGACUCCUUGGACUGGCUGGAAGCUCUGAGUGGGGGUCCUCCACUGGGCUGUGGUCCCCCAGCCCCCAGCAUCUUCUCUGCUGAUCUAUCUGACUCCAGUGGCACCCGGCUGUGGGACCUGCUGGAGGGUCCAUGGUGA